AUGAUGUGCAUUGGCAAGAGUAGUCUUCUCAAUUGGUUGAUUAAUAAUUUACCAUUUGAAUUACAUUUACCGGGAUACAAUUAUUGUGGUCCUAGUACAAAUUUAAUCGAAAAACUAUCACGUGGAGUCAAAGGUAUAAAGAAAUUAGACGAAUAUUGUAGAGAACACGACAUUGCGUAUCACAAAUAUUCAAACUUAAAGGAUCGACAUAAGGCGGAUUUAGUUUUGUCAAAAAUGGCAAAAACACGAGAGAUUGCUCCCGAUGCAAAUUUGGGAGAAAAGUUAGCAGCAAAGAUAGUAAGCAAAGCUAUGCAAUCAAAAAUUAAAACUGGGGCUGGCCUAAAUAAUGGCAAUAGUAAUAAAAUGUCUCCGAGAAAGUUGGGGAAUGAAUUUAAAAAUAAGUUUAAGAAUAUCAUUACGAAAACGAAAAGACGUAUGCAAAAAUUAAAACCAAAAUGCAAGAAAGCAGCAAUUGAGCUAGCUAUAGCUGCUGCUAGAGAACUAGUUGAUAAUUCUGUUAUAAAACUUUCUCGCAUUAUUCCUAUACCAAAAACUGGUGGGGUACUACCUUUGAUUCCGAUUUUUGCCGGAUUAUCGGCUACGGGAGCCUUAGCAGGUGGUGCAGCUGGUAUACUUAAAACUAUAAAUGAAAUCAAAAUAGCUAAAAAACAAUUUGCUGAAUUGAAGAGACACAAUGAAAAAAUAGAAGCUCUUUGUAUCGGAAAUGGGUUACGGUUUAAGCCUCAUAAAAAUGGAUUUGGCAUUUUUGUAUCUAAAGAAAUAAAAAACUAG